AUUCCUAAGCUCGCUCCAGUUGGUUGCCGGCCGCGCGUACUACAAGGCUGAUUCAGAGAAAUGGACUCGGCCAAUAAUGCGAAUUUCAGUAUUGACGCUCUUCUCGGACCACAACAACAACAACAGCACCAACAACAACAGCAACAUCAACAGCAAGGACUACCAAGAAAAGUCCCAUCGUUGGGACACUCUUCCUUAUCACCGCCUGGACACCACCUUAAAAAAGUGCCCACCGCUCCAGAAAUGCGUUUCCACGAAGAAUACAGAGACAAAGAUCUAACCAACACCAAAUCGGCACCCCAACCUGAAAAGCGUGAAAGAACGACUUCCAAGAAGCGACGAAAACGGACCGCAUUCACAAGUUUUCAACUCAAAUGCCUCGAAGACAAAUUCAAAUUUAGCAAGUAUUUGACAAUAGCMGAACGGGACAUGAUGGCAAGAUCGCUACAACUCACCAACAGACAAAUCAAGACMUGGUUUCAAAACAGAAGAACAAAAUGGAAACGAGAAAACGUWGGAGAGGCUUUGCAGUUAAAUUACGAAAUUCAACGUACGGCAACUUUGCGUUGUACACCCCCCUGGCUUCAGGUGUGCCCUUACCCUCCCGUMUUUAGCACCAUGGACCCUAGCUGCUCGUGGGCMCCUUCUCCGUAUCUUCUYCAGGCUCCAGCAGCUCGAUUUCCAUGCUCACAUCCAUCAUAAUCACGUGAUCCAUCCGUUGUAGUCACGUGGUACAUAAUCCAAAGUAACUGGUUGUCGUUAUAGCAUUGCUACUAAAUCACAGAAACUACAAAUUUGCGAAAAGUCGAAAAGGAAAAUCUUCAAGCGUGCUAUGCGCGAGUUGCCAGUUUCGACAAUAAAAAACUUGACACUUUUCAUCUGUUGAGCAUGUAAACUGCCAAGAAAAACUUGCUUGGAUGACAAGAAUUAUGAACUUAAUCGCGUGUAAAUCUUGUAAAUAAAUAAAAAACUUGUAAAUAAAUGUAUACA